GAGUUCACACGCCAUUAAAACAUGAUUUACACAGUUGAUAAGAUUAAUUUUACCAAUCAAAACAAUAAAAAAUCGUUGUCAUUGGAACAAAUAACUUUAAAAAAUUCCCAAAUUCUCUUUUUUCCCCCUCAAAUUAUACCUUUUUUAUUCUACCUCUUUUAUUUUUUAUUUUUUUAGUUUAAAGAGAUUAGUGAAUAUUAUUUAGGUUAUAAAAAAGAAUAAAGAAUUACUUGUGUUUUUAUUAUUAAUACCAAAUUCACUUUCUAUGGACAAUUUUUUAAGAAUUACAAAUAACUAUAAGAAAGUUUUUUCAGGAAUUACAUAUUAUUGUGAGAAAGUUAUUCAAUAAUUAAAAAUAAUGUCUUCUUAUAGUUUUCAACCCACGACUACAAGACGUCUUCCAACAUAUCAUUCAACGCAUCCUGGAUUUCACACUCGAAAACAACAAAUUCUAUCCUCUUUAAAUUCUUCAGAUACUAAUUCUAGGAUAGAUAAAUCUCCAAAAGGAUCUGUUGAUGAAGCAAUUAUACCUUUAAUUGAAUUAUUAAAUAGGCAUGAUGAUUAUGUUACAACUAGUAGUUGUUCUGGAAGAGUUUCAAUUUAUUGUGCUGGUAAAGGAAUAAAGAGAUUCCUUAAUAGUUCUAAUAAGAAUAAAACUGAAAAUGCUAAUAAUUAUCAUAAUGACGUUAAUGAAGAAAUUGAUAAUGUUAAAGAUGAAGAUGAAUUAGAAGUAAAUGAGAAUGAUGUCAGACAUUCGAUGAAAGGUGGUGGAAGAUGGUUAUAUGUUACUCAUUCACACAUUGAUUUACCAAAAGAGAACAACAAGGAAAAAUUGAAUGAAUUCUUAUUGAAAAAUAUUUUUGGUGCCGAUUGUGAUAACGUAAUAUUGUUAACAGACCAAGAUAGUGACCCUUAUAACGCGUUACAAGAUGAUAAUAGAAUCGUUUAUUUCAAAUUUGAACCUAUGGUUAGUAAAUUAAUUUUCUAUCAGUUUAUUGUUUAACUUGUUAUAUUUUUUUUUAUUUAACUUGUAAAUUGUUAUUUAUUCAGAUCCUACAUGUAGAAGCAAGAACAUUGGAUGCUGCCAAGAAUUUGCUCACUUCGGCCAUUGAUACUGGUUAUCGUGAAUCUGGUCUUUUGACAACUGCAAAAAGACACAUGGUUGUAAUUCGAAGCUCUCUU